CGUACUUUCGACGCAGGAACGUACAAACGUACCGAAGUCUGAUAAGAAGGAAAAAAAGAACAAGUAAUACAAUCACAAAACACUACUUCAAAAAUGACAGAACCAGUCAAAGAGAACCGUGUCUGGUCGGACGGAUGCUACGAUAUGGUUCAUUUUGGCCACGCCAACUCCCUUCGUCAAGCUAAAGCACUGGGAAAUUAUUUGGUCGUUGGGAUUCAUACAGAUGAAGAAAUUGCCAAGCAUAAAGGACCGCCGGUGUUUACUCAGGAAGAAAGGUACAAAAUGGUUAAGGGAAUAAAAUGGGUUGACGAAGUAGUGGAAGGUGCACCGUACGUUACAACUUUGGAAACGUUGGAUAAAUAUGGCUGUGCAUUUUGUGUUCAUGGGGACGACAUCACCAUGACUGCAGAUGGAGUGGACACAUAUCACCUGGUCAAAACAUCCGGGCGCUAUAAGGAGGUCAAAAGAACGGCCGGAGUAUCGACGACAGAUCUUGUCGGCAGAAUGCUAUUGAUGACGCGGCAGCAUUUUCGACAAGGGGAUAGUGAGUACAGCGUAGAUCGUGAACCUAGUAAAAGUAUGGGGCAAGACAAGGCGGCUCGUAGCCCUUGGACAGGCUGUUCUCAGUUCCUUCCGACAACGCAAAAAAUCAUCCAGUUCAGUGAUGGAAAGAGUCCGCAGCCCACUGACAAGAUUGUCUAUGUUGCCGGUGCUUUUGAUCUGUUCCAUGUCGGACAUUUAGACUUCCUUGAAGUAGCUAAGAAAGAAGGCGAUUACUUGAUCGUCGGACUUCACACUGACCCUGCAGUUAACAGAUACAAAGGAAGCAAUUACCCCAUCAUGAAUUUGCAUGAAAGAGUUCUCAGCGUUUUAGCUUGCAAGUAUGUAAAUGAGGUUGUAAUUGGGGCACCUUACGAGGUCACGAAGGAGCUCAUGGAGCACUUCAAUGUGUCAGUUGUAUGCCAUGGAAAAACCCCCAUCAUGCCAUGUGAGAACGGAGCUGAUCCUUACGCAGAGCCAAAACUACAGAAUAAAUUCAAGUCUUUAAAUAGUGGGAAUGAAAUGACGACGGAGAGGAUCGUUGAAAGAAUCAUACUUCACAGAUUGGAAUUCGAGGACAGAAAUAUAAAGAAGGAAAAGAAAGAGCUAGCUGCGCACGAGGCUUUUAUCAAAUUGAAAUCAGAAUGUUGAGAUGGCUGGAAAAACCGGCCAACCAUGGGUUGGCCAGCUGUGAAUCUGUACAUAAAGUACCACGUUAUAAAUCAUAAUUAUUUAUCAAUUUAGCUGUACAUUUACAAUAGUAAUUUCUAACAUUUUACCAGGAUUUUUUUUUUCUUUCUUUUCAACUCAUAGUCUUCUCUUACCUACUCUUCGACUCACCGCGUCGCGAUACUAACUUUCGACUACAAUACCCAUAUCACGUUACAUCUGCGCUUCAUAAUAUUGGUCCCCCCCCUUCUCAUAUAUUAACUCGGUAUAAACUCGACAAUCGAUAAGGCUUCUGCUUACAAUCAUUAUCAUCACAUCGAAGGUCUAAAAAAGAUGAUUACCAAUCAUCGCGUUAUAUUUACGCAUAGGUGGAUAUAAUUACUGUACACAUUAAACGCGUGAAAAGUCUGGGCGAAAUAACCGGGCAGUCGCUGUUGCUGUUGAACAAAUUUUAAAUUGCUUGCAGCAAUUAGUGUAACGAAUCUCCAAAGAAUUUAGGCCUAUCUUCGACACAAACAUGUGCAGACAAACGUGCCUUAAAAUUAUAUUGAAAUUGGACGCAAUUCGUAGUAAUGGAAAUUUUUAUAAUUUAAAGUCCAAGAACGACGAUUUCACGCUAUCAAUAUAAUGUUCUUCCUUUUUUUUUUUUUUUUUUUUACUUUUUUUUAAUUUCUUUAUUAUCCGUUAUCAAAGGUCAGAGAUGAAUUAGUGUAGAAAACAAAUUGCGGUUCAUAAGUCCAGGCUUUUCAUGAUCAAUAUUUCAUAUCGAGUUCCACCUAUCUUUUCCAUUAACGAGUAAUGAUUAUUUGAAAAUCAAAUGGUCAACGUGACGGGUGAUUUAAUUAGCCGAUGACAGAAUUGUGAAACUUCGUACCUGUAUAAAUAUUCUAUUUAGGUAACGGUCGGAUGCGCGAUCAUCGAUGUUCUUCGUUGUUGGUAGAAUUAAUGAAUUUUAGCUUUGGCCGAUCAACUUAACAAUUCAUAAUAAAUUAACGCUAUAAGUAAGUAAUGAUAAUCAAACCGCAAUUUGAUAAUAUAACGUAGAAUGACAUAAACUAAAUUUGCAUCACGUUUCAGAGAGACACGGUCACUACUAUGCUCUGCGGUAUAAACUUUUAAGUUGAUACUUUUAAAAGUGCAAUAACAAUUUUCAUUUUUUAACAAAAAAACUCAUCAAUUACCUCAUAGACUUCAAGUGAUGAUUAUCGAACAUUGAGCAUCGUUUAGCUAAUUGUCAGUUGGUUUCCAGGAUUUUCCGAAAUAACAACUACAGGAAAUAGAUAAAUUCAUUAAGUACUUAUAAUAUCUGUUAUCUAUACACGUAAUAAAAUUCAUAAUUUCUCUGAUGCUGUAGAGAUAAAACUAAUCAAUCUAAUUAAAUCCAAAGAAUGUAUAAUGCAGUCAAUUAUUUAUUAUCUUAAAUCGUUAUCUAAAUGAUGAUGAUUUUUUUCGAACUGCUUUAUGUAGCCACUAUUAUAUUGUAAUUCAUAAACAUAAACACUCAUCAAUUUUUUUUUUCAUUUAAACAUUAAUUAUUAUCGUCGCUACGAUGCUAGAUGAAUAACCAUUUAUAUAUAAUAGUAGUCUGUAUUUAUUGAAUAAAAACGUAUAUUGGUUUUCCACACGAA